AUGGGGUAUAAAGUGUAUCUUGCAACGGAUCCAACGGUUUCGGCCUUGUCUGGCCGGCCUGUAAUCUCGGUGACGGUGACGCGCCUUCCGUCGACGGAGGUCUAUAAAUUGCCGCGGAUCGGCACCAGCUCCAAACAAUACAGCACGCGCGUCCGGCCGGCAAACUUCUCCACUGGAAGUUGUAACAGCGAAUCUGAUUCAAAACGCACCAUGUACACCAAUCCGUUCAGUCGCACGCACAGCCACGUGAGGCAGAUCAUCGACAAGUUUCUCUAUGUGAACCCCAAGCAAAGGAGCGACGUGAAGAGAAGCGGCUCCUCCAGCUCUUUCGGUUCCUCCACGUCCUCGUCUUCGGGAGGCUCUAAGUGGAGGUAUGGCGGAAGUGCGGCGAAGCUGUUCAAACACUGAACAGCUUUGGAGAAUUUGUUUUAUUUGAAUUCACUUCGUUUUUGAAUAGCCAUAUCUGUCGUAAUUUCAGUGAAAUUGAAGCCGCAUUAGAAGUAGAGGAUUGCGCAAAUGAUUAAUUUCUUACACUUAAUAUUAUUCGAAUCAUUCGUUAAUAUAGAGAAAGCCAUGUGAUGGAAAAUUAAAAUAAUUUUCUUGUACUGAUUAUCUAGUCUUGUAGUUGUUAAGUUUAUUUAUUGUGAUAUAAUAUUUAAAAUAAAAAGUGAAAAUUA